UACCGCAUCUUUGACGACGGUCCCUUAGCUCGCACAGUGCUGAAACUGAUCCACACAAGAUCUGUAACAGUGUGUCACAGUGUCACUGUUUUACCGGGGAAAGGGGUAUACUUGCGUUUCACAUUCAGGCUUGUUACAGUCACCGGCAAUGCUGUGUUACAUUUUUAACUGAAAGACGGAAUAACUGCAAAUAUGACGGUGGAUUUUGAGGAAUGUAUUAAAGAUUCACCCCGUUUCAGGGCGAAUAUCGAUGAAGUUGAGACUGAUGUUGUGGAAAUAGAAGCCAAGCUAGAUAAGUUGGUGAAGCUAUGCAGUGGUAUGAUCGAAGCGGGUCGUGUGUACGUCAGUGCUAAUAAACUCUUUGUCAAUGGCAUUCGAGACUUGUCUCACCACUGCAAAAAGGAGGAGAUGAUCUCAGAAUGUCUUGAAAAGUGUGGAGAGAGCCUUCAGGAAAUCGUCAACUAUCACAUGAUCCUGUUCGACCAGGCCCAAAGAUCCGUAAAGCAACAGUUGCACAAUUUUGUGAAGGAGGAUGUUCGGAAGUUUAAAGAGACGAAGAAGCAGUUCGAUAAGGUGCGGGAGGAUAUGGAAAUCGCCCAGGUGAAAAACGCACAGGCGCCUCGCAACAAACCGCAUGAGGUGGAGGAGGCCACCAGCACCCUCAUCAUGACCCGGAAGUGCUUCCGACACCUCGCCCUGGACUAUGUACUUCAGAUCAAUGUUCUUCAGGCCAAAAAGAAAUUUGAGAUUUUGGAUUCGAUGCUGUCGUUCAUGCAGGCUCAGUACAGUCUCUUCCAGCAGGGCUUCAACCUCCUGGACGAGAUCGACCCCUACAUGAAGAAGCUGGCUGCUGAGUUGGAUCAGCUGGUCAUAGAUUCAGCUAUGGAGAAGAGAGAGAUGGAGCACAAACACGCCACCAUACAGCAAAGAACUUUGAUGCAGGAUUUUGCUUACGAUGACUCCAAAGUGGAAUUCAAUGUGGAUGCUCCUAAUGGCGUCGUGAUGGAGGGAUACCUGUUCAAGAGGGCAAGCAAUGCUUUCAAGACAUGGAACAGGCGAUGGUUUUCGAUACAGAACAGUCAACUAGUGUAUCAGAAGAGACUAAAAGACGUUUUGACUGUGGUUGUGGAGGACCUACGGCUUUGCUCGGUGAAACCUUGUGAGGACAUUGAGAGAAGGUUCUGUUUUGAAGUGGUGUCACCUACGAAGAGCUGUAUGCUGCAGGCUGAAUCUGAGAAGCUCCGUCAAGCUUGGAUUCAGGCGGUACAGGCGAGCAUUGCUUCUGCCUACAGGGAGAUCUCUGAAAACUAUUACAUAGAGCGUUUGGACAGGACAGCAUCUCCCUCCACGAGCAGUAUAGACUCUGCCAGCGAGCCGCGGGAGCGUGUUGUUAGAGGAGAGAGUAUCCUACAGCGCGUCCAGUCUCUGCCAGGAAACGAGAUCUGCUGCGACUGUGGCCAGGCCGACCCACGCUGGGCCAGCAUCAACCUCGGCAUUCUGCUCUGUAUUGAGUGCUCUGGCAUUCACAGGAGUUUGGGUGUCCACUGCUCUAAAGUUCGCUCUUUAACACUCGACACAUGGGAGCCAGAGCUUAUGAAGUUAAUGUGUGAGCUUGGCAACACUGUAAUCAACCAGAUUUACGAAGGUGCAUGUGAGGAACAAGGACUCAAGAAACCCGGUCCCAACAGCUCAAGGCAGGAGAAAGAAGCGUGGAUCAAAGCGAAAUACGUGGAGAGGAAGUUUCUGAAGAAGAUGUGUGGCUCUGAGGCCCUGGUGGAGGGGAGCAGAAAACCACAUCACUGGAACGUGAAGAAGUGCAGGAGACACAACAGCUCCAUCAGAGCCCCUAAAACACGCCGGAAAUACAGGCACGACGCCGGGAUCGUAUCGCCAGCCAAUCUCUCCGCUGCUGCAGCAGCUGCAAAGUUUCGGAGAGAAUCUUUGUUUUGUCCCGACGAGCUUGAUUCACUCUUCUCUUACUUUGACACAGGCUCAGGGCCUCGCAGCCCCGCAGGUCUCAGCAGUGACAGCGGGCUUGGCGGCAGUACUGACGGCAGUACGGACAUACUUGUUUUCGGCUCAGUGGUGGACAGUGUCACUGAGGAAGAGUGUGGGGACUCCGAUGAAUCCAGCGGAGAGGUUGAUAUUGAGCAGGAAGCAUCAGAUCCAGAAGAUGGACGAGAGCUUGAGCCGAGCACGCUGCUUCAUAAGGCAUCACGGGCCAGGAACCUCCCGAUCAUGGCGGAAGCGCUCGCACACGGUGCAGAUGUCAACUCCGUCAACGAGGAGGACGAAAGCAAGAGUCCUUUAAUACAAGCCGUUACAGGGGGCUCUCUGAUAGCCUGUGAGUUCCUGCUGCAGAAUGGAGCAGAUGUCAAUCAGAGGGACGUACGAGGACGGGCACCUCUCCACCACGCCACGUGCCUGGGUCACACGGGACAGGUGUGUUUGUUCCUGAAGCGAGGAGCCUCUCAGAUGGAGGUCGAUGAAGAUGGGCAGGACCCUCUCAAUAUCGCUGUUCAGGCAGCCAAUGCAGACAUCGUCACACUAUUGCGGUUAGCUCGGAUGAAUGAAGAGAUGCGGGAAGCGGACGGCCCCUUCGGACAGCCAGGUCAAUACCCCAGCAGCAGUCCCACAGAGCAGCAGUAUAGAAAGUGUAUUCAGGAGUUUAUCUGCCUCACGAUUGACGAAUGCUAGGGGGCGCUCUUGGCGCUGACAGACUGUGAGGAGGACUACAUACUAAGUUUGUAGCUCGUAACAGGAAUAGCUUUAGCAAGGAUCGAGCGGUAUCCUCAACUUCCUCCUCACCUGACCAAGUAGUUUACACGUUGUGUUCGUAUGUAUGUGGUUAACACAAAAUAUUGAAAUGGAACGACUAUUUACAGCAUGUGACAGCUAGAGCCGUCAUUCAAACGUGACGUUAAUCACAAUGUAAUAAUAAAUUGAUGGAUUAACGGCCUCGUCUCACUGAAUUAGAAUUCAUUAGUAAUUCAAAACAGCAUUUCCAAGUGUUUUUGAGUCAGUAUGUGCAAAAUAUGACUGUGCGCACUUUUCCUACCGACAGUAUUUGUUUUGUUUUUUUUUACAACUGAGUUCUUUUCAUUUUAUAUGCUAUUUUGCGUCAUGUUAAUGUUGUUUGUUGUGCUUUUUAUUUAUGUUCCGUCCUGAGGAUUAGUGCAAUGAUAACUAGAGUGCAGAAAAUAUGUAUCCAUGUACAUUUUUCUUGUUUGGUAAAGAAAAGGAGGUUUUUACGUUUGACUAACUAGACUUUUGUUGUCUUUUGCAUUUCAAAAACACAUCAGACCCCCUCAUAUGCUAACAAAACGGGUGUUUUGACCCCUUUAAAGUUUUCAAAAGAUGUCAGCUAUUCGAAAUUAUUUAUAAAACGUAUCGCAGCCGUCUGUUUUAUAUAUUUGUACUUGUAUUGCCAAGCUCCCAAAUGACUGUCAUGUGAUUUUUAAUGAGAAAUGCUUGUCUAGAGCAAAGCAGUCAGUAUUUGCAUGCGUUUACUCGCUCGCAUACCAAGGCAAAAGUGCCUGUCUGCAUUAGCAAGCAUGGUUCCUUAUUUUAGCCACCUGAUUCUGUCAUUAUGUAAAAAUGCAUGACUGCAGAUGACAUCUGCUCUGUGUUGUCCAUUUUUUGCCCACGUUUGGUUCAGAUGAUCCCAGUUCUAAAAAUACGCCAUCAGAAUCCUAUCUCCCUUUCUAAUGCCUGAUUAAAAAAAGUAGCUAAUUAAAACAGCUUAUGUUAAGCAGUUAGCAAAAUGUUAAACUUGUAGGCUAAGCUGUUAGCCUGCUAACUAAAUGCUAACAGAAAUGGUAGUUUAAUAUGACCAAUUUUAGCUUUGACAUUUUUAAGAAUAAAUACACUGUGAGUGAUUUGAUAUAAUUUUCUAAAAAAGACAAUUAUUGGUAAAAAAAAAAUGGGAUUAAAGUACCCAUAAUAAAUUUGAUUUGGGGUGUAAGUGGGAUAGGAUUCUGCGUGAAGCUGGCAUUCGUGGCUGGAUUUUUGCAAAUAAAGGUGAAGUGUGUAAAAGAAAUGACUGUCGUCAAACUGAACAUUCUCUCAGACUGCCAUUGGUCAACAAACAAAUAGUCUCACCCCCAAAAUCACGCCAUUGGCUGUUCCACUGUUGCUACACAGCAAAAUCCCCAGAGUUAAAUCAACUCUGCUCAGAGUACAUAUGGUCCCUCUCUAAAUAGUGUUAAAAUAACACUGAAGCAGAGUUAAAUUUAAUAAGAUAAUUAAGCAAUUAAGUAAU